AUGUCCGCAAUUGAAAGCAGAGUCGUGCAACGAAAGGCAAACGGUGAAAAGCAAACCAUGUCCGGACCAGAGAAAUGGUUCACAGGCCAAGUCUACCUUGACAUAGGCGAUUACUACACCACAGACGACCCCAGCAACAGUCCCGUAAUAUCGAAUGUGACCUUCACUCCGGGCGCACGAACAGCUUGGCACAAGCAUGAGAAGGGACAGUUGAUCAAAGUCACCGCUGGAACAGGAUGGAUCUGCGAUCUUGGUAGCAAGGCCAAGWGAAUCAGCGAGGGAGACGUUGUUUGGUGUCCUCCCGGUGCUCAUCACUGGCAUGGUGCAGAUAACGAGGCGAUCAUGUCGCAUUUCGUCUUUGCCUUGGGGUGGGACGGAGUGGUUUGA